ACAUCAGGUGUCCCCAUCAGAGUGCCCCCUUACAUCAGGUGUCCCCAUCAGAGUGCCCCCUUACAUCACGUGUCCAAAUCAGAGUGCCCCCUUACAUCAGUUGUCCCCAUCAGAGCACCCCUUUACCUUAGUUGUCCCCAUCAGAGUGCCCCUUUACAUCAGGUGUUCCCAUCAGAGUCCCCCUUUACAUCAGUUGUCCCCAUUAGAGUGCCCCUUUACGUCAGAUGUGAAAUCAAUAUGCCCCUCUUCCACAAUAUUGGCCCAUCUGAAUGUCCCUUAACAUAAAGAGUACCCAUCAGCAUGUCCCUGUAGGUUCCAAGCACACCCCACCUUGAGGCAGACAGGGUGGAGGAGCCGACAAACGCAGUGAGCUGCAGGAGGUGGG